UACAUGUUUGUUCUUAAGAUGUUUAAAAAAUCAAAAGGGGUAGUCACUGCACCUACACUUUUAAAAUAUAAUUAUUAUAAAAGUCAAGCACUUGAUCCCUGAAAUGUUAUUAAUUAUACUAUACUUGAUAUUUAAAAAAAUACUGGCACUACAUCCUUACACAAUUAUGAGUAAUUCAGCAGUUGUUACAAUGCCAUUAUUGCAAUAUGUGUAUGUGCUUAUUCUGUGCUUUAUUUUGAUCUACUCAUAACGAAUAUCGACCCUAUAAGAUAUAAGGCAAUAAUAAUCACUUAGUUACAGUACACAUAGUUAAUGUGUACUAACUGUGCAUUUUUCACAUCCCUUUCCGUUUUCCUUUUACUUUCUUUACCAUUAAUGACAGAAUUAUUUGAACCUGGGACAUGUACACAGGUGUGUGCCUUCCAUCAUCUGCUUAUAAGAGCUGAUUUUUUUUUCCGUGGAAGUCGGCAGAAGUCCGUCAAAAGUUAUGAUUGAACAUUUUCCAGUCUUAUUUGGAGGAUGGUUAAGCAAAUCCGUGCAAUUUAAUAAGGGAUCUAAAUUCAGAAACGGCGGCAUACAUGGUCCUUGGCGCCCCCAUAUGUGUUUUUGUUGAGCGGGCGUGCACGUACGAUCGCGAGAUUCUCCAAUAUGUCAUGGAGAUGCAAUUGAAUAUCGCGAAAUUUCCGAUGAGUGACGACUGAGGAAGAACAAAAAAACGGAUUUCACUGCGUUCUGCUACAGAAAAGGAAAAUAAUGAAGUAUGAAGAGGGACCAGAGGAGGCCGAAGCACAGAAAAAUCCUGUGCCUGCAAAGUCUCCUCAACCCAGAAGAAGGCCCAGCAAUCAAACGGCUGGGCAUCAGUGUCCAAUUUGUGGACUUAGAUACGCGGAUAUAAUGCAGCAUCUCAAAGUCACAGAGAAAGUGAAAAACAAAGAAGAGCUUAGUCUUUUAAGCAAGUUGGCUCACAGACACUUUAGGGCAAAUCUGGACUGUCCAGUUCUGUUAUGCAACUCUAAACAUAUCAACAGACUUGACAAGCAUCUGUUAAAGAUCCAUGGGUUGAAGAAACCUAUGGCUAAACUUUAUAUGGAAAGGGCAAAGGACAGGUACAUUGCAAGGGAACUGGCACUGUUGAGGGCCAGCCAUCCCCAACCACCAAUUGUGUCACAUAUGGAUGAAGUGGAUGAAUCUGCCAUUGAAGAGGCUGUCGAAAGGGAGAUAGCUGCAAGGGCGUCUGAAAGGACAACGACCCUCAGUAAUACUAAAGCCACCUUUACACCUGCAUCAUCUCUGUCCACUGCCAUACAUGCAACAGAUUCUGUAGGUCCAGGAUCCACUGACUGUGAGCCAUCCACACCUGCCCCAGAAACACCUCCUCCUUCAGAUAAUACCAGUGCAACUCUCUCAGCUUUGCCAUCACCAAGUAACACAGACGUAGACUCCACUGUACUUGGUGCCACAGAUUCUGUGAGCCUAGUACCAACUGACUGUGGACCAUCCAUGUCCCCUUCAAGAGCAUCACCAACUGCUGUCACUGCUCUUUCACCUUUGCCGCUGAUUACCACAGCAUCCUCAUCCUUAGCCAGCAAACCUCCCCGCUCCGCUGUCAGACAAAAACACCGCCUUCAUCCAAGGACACCUGCAGAUGGUUGUGAAAAUUGCCAGUAUCUUUUUGCAGAGCUUCGUGUGACAAGGCAGCUGCUUGAAUGCGAAAUUGAACGAAAUGAUGAGCUGAAGCAGCUGCAUUCUUCUACAAUGCGUGCAAAUGUUAUGAAAUAUAAGCGUGUGCCAAAAAAUUCAGCAUCAGACGCCUCUUCUUAUGUGAAACUGGUGAGAGACUUUAAAGGCCAUGUGGAAGGUGCCAACCCUCCCAGGAAAGUUCAGGAAAAUGCAAAGCAGCGUGCCACUCAUGUGUUCCACUUCCUGCACUUCAUGGCAAACUCCCCCAAACCAAAUGGAGAUCUGUUGUUUCUGCAGGAUAUUUCAAGAGUCAGAGGGUUUGUAGCCAACCUGCAACAAAGAGGGUUCAAACCCACAACCCAACGGAUAUAUUUAAUGGAUGUUUUGGCAUUCUUAAAAUAUCUGUCCAACAUGAAGCCGUCUUGUAUGAGGCUUGGUGAAAGGGGAAUCAAGGCCCUGACAGUGGAGCUUAGGGCACGUGUCCGAGACAUUGGCAGAGAUGUUGUUGGGCACCAGCUCCUUGUGCGACGUACCAAGUCUGGCAAGUUCAGUAUUCACCUCCAUUGAUGAAAAUCUCGUGAUUUAAGUUGAGACACAUAUGUGCUGAACAGUAGUUGUUUUUUGUUUGUUUGUUCUUCAGACAAACUUGUCAAGGCCAUAAAACAUGCUCAGUUCAUAGAGGAGGCACCAAAGCAUAUUGAUGCUGCACUUGAUGAUCUUGCGAAGGAACCACAUAACAUAAGGAAACUCAGACUGUUUUUUGGACUACUUGGUGGGUUUCUCAUUGCAACAACUGGACAUCGGAAGGGAGUAAUCACCAACAUGACCGUGAAAGAGGUCAAGACUGCUGAAAAGACUACAAGAGGUUGUCGUGUCAUUCGUAUUCAGGAGCACAAAACCCAGAGAUACUUUGGGCAAGCAGCCAUACCACUGAAACCAGAGGAGUAUGCCUGGUUCAGGCGUUACAACAGACUUCGUGGUCAAAUUGAGGGAGGCUCAGAGGCAUCCACGUUUUUUCAUACCACUGUUGGAGGGCCCUUGUUGAAACUCCCAGAGUAUUUUAAGGGUGCCUGGGAAGGACUGAAUCUGGGUCCUGGCCCCACAUUCAAUAUGUUACGUUCUUCUGUUGCCACUUUUGCCAAGCGGCAGCUGGGACUUGAAAAAUAUGAGAGGGUAGCAUCAUUCAUGUGCCAUGAUCCCCAAACAGCCAAAAGAUUUUACCAAGCGGAUGACCCGACAGCGUACACAGUUCAGAGCAGAGCAUUGACGAUGAUGGCAGUGUCAAGCUAUGCAGAUAAGGAAAAGAAGAAGAAAGAGAGGAGCAAGAGGGCAGGUGCAGACUAUGACGAGGUGGUGACAGAAUCACCUCAGGAGGAC